CAGGUUACAUAAUUCAAAUUGAUUAACCCUUGAUUUAAAAGCCUAAAUGGAUAAUAUCUCAUCUGCUGAGCUGUGAUUGGUUGGUUACAUAAAAGUGCCUCCUCGGUUAAUAAAUUAUCCUCUCAGUGGGGAGCAGGCAGAGCAAUGGAGUAGCAUACAUAGCAAACACUUGUGAUUUAUGUGGUUUUAGAAACACAUUACUAUCCUGCAGGAUGACAGACAACAAAUGGUAUGAGCAUGCGUGAGUGAGUUUUGGAGACAAGGGAAACGGGGUGUGCUCAGCUGUGUGAAAACAAGAGGGAAAACUAACAUUCUCCAUCACGUACCCUCCCAUACCUUUUUCCCACUGGUUUCGACUCUUUAAAAGCUGCUGCCAGUGUUGUCUCUCAGCCUCAUUAUCACUUUGCCUGGGCUUGAGGGAAUUACUAUCCAGCUUUCUAAACACAGGCACACUUCAGAGGGAUUACUUUAGGAUCGAGAGGGAUCAAAAGUCCUGAUACAACGAGUACAUUUGUAGGACUGUUACCUUAUUGGUGGACAACUUCCAGUGUGAGAUGCUUCUGUGUUUAAACAUCCUGUUGCUGCUACUCCUCCAGCCGGCUCUGUCGUCCCCAGUGCAGCUGACCACUCCGUCCAGAGGAUGUCCCACCUGCAAAUCAAAGUCCACACAGCGUCAGCCGGUUGUAGCUUUAAAUGCCACCGCUCUGGCCAUUGGAGAAGCAUGUGGGGUUUACACUCUCAGCUGCGCCCAAGGUCUGCGUUGUGCUCCUUCAGAGGAUGAGCCGAGGCCCCUCCGUGCCCUGCUGGAAGGCAGGGGGGUCUGCAGUAACGCCAGCAGCACCAGCCCGACUGAAAGUGUCCCGACUGUAGCUCCAGCAUCUACUGAGGAUCCGGGUGAGCCUCCAUGUCGUAAACGUCUAACUACAAUUAUCGAAGGUCAUGAUGCCCAAGUAAUUAAGAAGGAUGAUGAUAUUUACAUGCCCAACUGUGACAAGCGUGGUUUCUUCAGAAAGAAGCAGUGUAGGUCAUCUCGAGCUAAGCAACGUGGCAAGUGCUGGUGUGUGGAUCAGAAGGGUGUGGAAGUCCCCUCAAAAACUAAACAGAAGGGCCCCCUGAGUUGUUGAAUGGCAUAAAGUCCACAAAAAUGAAGCACAGGAGGCUGAAGCUUUAUUGCUAAGACGAGAUAAAGAUGAAGGAACACCAAACAGAGGAAGCUCAUCAGAGUCUCACAUUUCAUUCUCCACCAGAAACAGCUCUCCACCAAUGAAAAGCUGUUUCCAAAUCUGGUGUAACUUUGUCUCCUUGCGCCCUCUACUGAACAUAUUAGGACCGUUUUAAUUAGACAUUCCUUUCAUUUCUGCUUAUGUGAGAUUUAGAUCAAAUCUAUAUCUACAUGUUCAAUUAUCCAGACCAGUGUCACAUAGAAGUUAGUUGCAAAAAUGCCCCCCACGGUUUGAGCGACACAUAUUUGUGUAAAACAUUUUAGCUUCAUUAAUAUUUCAAGCCAUCAAGCAUUAUCAGGAAAAAAAAUGUUUGUAAUAAUGUUUUAUAUUUGUAUAUAUUUUCAGUAUUUGUUUUGACUUUGAAACCACUGUAAUUGUAUUACUGUGUAAUCCUAUUUAUAUUGCUUUGAAUAUGAUAUUCUAUUUAUAUUAAUAUAUCUAGUAAUUAGAUAAUUAGACUAGAAAAAGUCAUUUAUCAGUGGUUGCCCAUUAAAGCAGACACUUAAGGUAUUAUUCUAAACAAAACGUGUGUUUUUAUUACAGAAUUAGAUGGGCAUUAUUAUUAUGCUUUUUUGGCUUUCAUGAAGAAAACGUGCCUGUCGAACAAUAAGAGGAGGUGUGUUUAAGAAAGGUUAAAACUGACACUGAUGGGCACUAUUGCAAACAUGCCCACAAGACACUCUAUGGAUGCUUUGUGGAUUUUGUGCAUUUAAAUACCUUUUUUUUAACUUUUUAAAAUAAAACAUAUA